AGUACAACAGCGUAUCACUGCUGUGUUUAGAUCAGAGCUCAGACUAGUUUCACUUCUCAGGAAGUGAGACUCAGACAGUCGUUGUUACUGACCGAGAGGUGAAAUGGCGCAGAAAGGAGUUCAGCUGGACCGGGAAACCUUCUCUUGUCCCAUCUGUCUGGAUCUACUGAAGGAUCCGGUGACUACUCCCUGUGGACACAGCUACUGCAUGAACUGUAUUAAAAGCCACUGGGAUGGAGAGGAUCAUAAGUACAACUACAGCUGCCCUCAGUGCAGGAAGACUUUCACACCGAGGCCUGUCCUGUUGAAAAGCACCAUGUUAGCAGCUUUAGUGGAGGAGCUGAAGAAGACUGGACUCCAAGCUGCUCCUGCUGAUCACUGCUAUGCUGGAGCUGAAGAUGUGGCCUGUGAUGUCUGCACCGGGAGAAAACUCAAAGCACACAAGUCCUGUUUGCAAUGUCUGGCUUCUUUCUGUGAGCAACACCUUCAGCUUCAUUUUGAAUCGGAGACAUUCAAGAAACACAAGCUGGUGGAGCCGUCCAAGAAGCUCCAGGAGAACGUCUGCUCUCGUCAUGAUGAGGUGAUGAAGAUUUUCUGCCGUACUGAUCAGCAGCUUAUCUGUUCUCUCUGCUUAAUGGAGGAACAUAAAGGCCACGACACAGUCUCAGCUGCAGCAAAAAGGACUGAGAGGCAGAAAAAGCCUGCGGGGGAGUCGCCAAAGCAUCCUGCAGAGAAUCCAGGACAGAGAGAAAGAUUCGCACAACCAGAGCCCAAGACCAGAGCUGACUUCUUAAAAUAUUCACGUGAAAUCACACUGGAUCCAAACACAGCAAACACACGGCUGUUAUUAUCUGAGGGGAACAGGAAAGCAACAGUAAUGAGACAACGUCAGUCUUAUUCUAGUCACCCAGACAGAUUCACUGGCUGGUAUCAGGUCUUGAGUAGAGAGAGUCUGACUGGACGUUGGUACUGGGAGGUGAAGAGGAGAGGAGAAGGAGGAGUUUCUUUAGCAGUCGCAUACAAGAAUAUGAGCAGAGCAGGGGGGUCGGAUGAAUGUGUAUUUGGAUACAAUGACAAAUCUUGGGCGUUAUAUUGUAACAACAACAAAUAUACAUUUUGGUCCAACAAUGUCCAAACUCCCAUCUCAGGUCCUGAGUCCUCCAGAGUAGGAGUGUACCUGGAUCACAGUGCAGGUAUUCUGUCCUUCUACAGCGUCUCUGAAACCAUGACUCUCCUCCACAGAGUCCAGACCACAUUCACUCAGCCGCUAUAUGCUGGACUAAUGGUUUAUGGUUGUUAUAAUGGAGCCUCUGCUGAGUUGUGUAACUGAAAUAGACAGAAGUCAUUUAAGGGUUAUAUUCUGUGUUUUAACUCUUCGACUUAU